CCGUACCUAGGGUUAAAACGUAAAAUUGUCCGCCACUGUCCUUUUAUUUUUAGGGUUAAAAUUGGAAAUUCAUUGCCUGUUUUCAUAACCGCCUGAAGACAAAGAAGAAAGGAUAAGCUUAUUUCCGUGUCCGAGAUAAAGAAGGGGAGAAGAGAUGGCCAUCCGACUGAACCGCCUCCAGCCACCGCGACUGAAUCACGAGAAACAGCUUCCGCCACCGUUUUCCGCCGCGAGAACGAGAUUAUCGUUUCGGAUUAACUCAGCGUUGACUUCUAGCAAUGCUCAGAAGCUAAUCCAGUCCGGUGCGGUCCGGCCGAUACUGCCUAAGGAUGCAACCACGACCAUGAAUUCCGAGGGUUUCGUUCUUCUGGACAUCAGGCCGGAGUGGGAGAGAGAAAAGGCUCAUGUCAAAGGAUCGCUGCAUGUGCCGCUCUUUGUGAAGGACUUGGAUAAUAGUCCGAUUACCCUUUUGAAAAAGUGGGUGCAUUUUGGCUACAUUGGCCUGUGGACGGGCCAAAACUUCACCAUGAUCAAUCCUGAAUUCCUGAAACAGGUGGAGGCAGCCGUUCCCGAUAAGGAGACGAAGUUACUGGUGGCUUGUGGUGAAGGGCUGAGGUCGAUGAUGGCAGCUUCAAAGUUACACACCGGUGGGUAUAAGAAGUUGGGGUGGUUGGCGGGAGGUUUCAACCGUGCCGGAGAUGAUGAUUUUCCGGCCGUUGAAGGGCCUGAAAAGCUACAGUAUGCUACAAUAGGGGGCUUCUCAUACUACUUACUUCAGUUGCUUAUCCUCUUAAAAGUAGUGGGUAAGAGCAAUUGAUUAGCAAAGAUCUUUCUGUUCAAGUUUUUGCCAUGGAAACGAAUCAGCAAGAAUUGGAACUGGAAACGUCAUUUCGACUUAUUUGGAAAUGCAAAAUGAUAGAUGUAUUUUAAAUUAAUGCAUUUUCCUCUAGAUUCCUGUUCCCAAAGACUAUUAUCAACCAUAACCAGGAGAAAGUAUUUUACUGCAACCAUUGCACAUCAUCACAAAUUCUUCCGUGCACCUGUAACAUGACAGGUUCUAAGUGACAUGGCAGUUGCAAUUUUUGACAAGUUCUGAUGUAAAACCUGGAACUCCUGAUGUAUCAAGGACGUUUUCAUUUAUUGGCAAUAUCGUUGAAGUGUUAUCCCAUUGCACUGAAUAAUUUUUCCUUAAUCGG